UAUAUAAUUUGUUGUAUUCCUCUCCUCCUCCCCUCCUGUAUUCGGGGUCAGGUGUUUGCCAACCCAGAAGACUGUGUGAGUUUCGGCAAGGGAGAGAAUGCCAAGAAGUAUCUUCGGACGGACGACAGCGUGGAGCGUGUGCGGAGGGCGCACCUGAACGACCUGGAGAACGUGGUUCCCUUCGUGGGCGUCGGGCUGCUGUACGCGCUGAGCCGGCCCGCGCCGGCCACGGCGCUGCUGCACUUCCGCGUGUUCGCGGGCGCGCGGCUCUUCCACACCGUGGCCUACCUGCUGCCGCUGCCGCAGCCCAGCCGCGCGCUCGGCUUCUUCGUGGGCUACGGGGUGACGCUGUCCAUGGCCGGCCGCGUGCUGCAGGCGGCGCUGCGCCUCUGAGCGGGGCGCGCGGGGCCCGGGCCUGCGCCAACCUCAGCAGCAAGAACAGCAACCCCUUCGAGGGUCGCCCGCUCUCCAGGCGGGGCCCCGGGGCGCGCGGUCGUGGGGUCCCCAGCCCCUGUGCACUGUGCAUGGAGUAAAGAAGGAAAAGGAAGCGGGACUCGCGCCCGCCACAUCCCCGGGUGUGAAUUCGGCCCAAGCAGGAUGCGCAGAAUAAAGAAGAGAAAGGCGGAA